AUGGCAAGUGCUCCUGCUGCUGGCGCUCACCUGGCGCCUGCCCCCCACAACGACACGCUGCCUGCCAUUACGGAGAACGGAAGCAACCCCAACUCCAUCAACAACCAACGCCGUACCUCGCUUGGUUUCCUCCGCCGUUCCAAAUCUACCGAGCCACUGGGCGAGCGCAAGUCUUCUGGCAGCCGCAAGAAGAUCUCCAAAGCCCAAGCCAUGGAGGAAGAAUUGCGCCGUCAGCGCGAAUCCGCUGCAUCCAAAAUCGCCCCACGUCUGCCCGAUCUGUCGCCCACGCCUGUGCUGGAGACGUUUGGAGGCGACGAUCCCGCUGCCAUCGCAGCCGCGACCCUCGAGGGCCGCAUUCCGCCUCGUCCCUCCUCGUCGGCUGCGGAGGCCAUCAACAUUGAUCCGUAUGCCCGCACCGAGAGCAUGACCCAUCGCGGCCGCUACAGCUACGCCAGCAGCGCCGUGAGCACGGUCAACAGCCCGCGCCGUCUGCGCCGUCGCAAGGACCCGACUCCGUACAAUGUGCUGGUGGUUGGUGCUCGCAACUCUGGCAAAACCUCCUUCCUCAACUUCCUGCGCAAGGCGCUCACCAUGCCCCCGCAUAAGCAUCCCACACGCACCCCGGAGGAGCUGGACGAACUGGAGCGCCAGACCUCGGCUUAUGAAGGAUUUACCUCGCAGUACCUCGAGACGGAAAUCGAUGGAGAGCGCGUCGGUCUGACCCUGUGGGACUCGCAGGGGCUGGAGCGCAACAUCGUCGACCUCCAGAUGCGCGGCGUGACCGGCUUCCUGGAGAGCAAGUUUGAAGAGACCCUGGCCGAGGAGAUGAAGGUCGUGCGCUCGCCUGGUGCUCGCGACACCCACAUCCACUGCACCUUCUUGCUGCUGGACCCAGUGCGCUUGGACGAGAACAUUGCCGCUGCGGAGCGUGCUGCCAACGGCACGGCCAAGGCCUCCGAUUCCCCCGUCCUCGGAGUUCUCGACCAGAACCUGGACCUGCAGGUCCUGCGCACCGUGCUGGGCAAGACCACGGUGGUGCCGGUCAUCAGCAAGGCGGACACCAUCACCGCGGCUCACAUGAGCUACCUACGCAAGGCCGUGUGGAACAGUCUGAAGCUAGCCAACAUCGACCCCCUUGAGAUCCUGACUCUGGAAGACCAGGAGGAAUACACUUCGUCGGAGAGCGCGGAUGAGGAGGACACCGCGGAGAGCGAGGAGGAAGAGGAGGAAGCCGCUCCCGAACCGGAGUCUGCAGAAGCGGGCGAUGGCGAACAAAAGUCUGAGGCUGCCGAGGAGAAACUGGCUCCAGCUCCCACCUCGCCGUCUCAGCGCAGUCAGAGCACACGCAAGUCCAAUGGAUCCCAAGCUGCCAACCAGCACGUUCCCUUUUCGAUCCUGUCUCCCGACCCGCACUCGCUGGCUGCUGGGGACGAGCCCGUCGGCCGUCGAUUCCCCUGGGGUUUUGCGGACCCAUACAACUCGGAGCACUGCGACUUUGUCAAGUUGAAGGACUCGGUGUUCAGCGACUGGCGUACCGAGCUGCGCGAGGCCAGCCGGGUGACCUGGUACGAGCGCUGGCGAACCAGCCGCCUAAAUCGCAAACACGCCCAGCCCGCGAUGCCGCAGAAGUAUGGGGGUCGCAUGGGACCGGCUCACGAUGGCCGUCGCACCCGAUAA